AUGGCCGAGUGGUCUAAGGCGCUGCGUUCAGGUCGCAGUCCACUUCUGUGGGCGGCAGGAUUUAGAAAUCCCCCUAUGCCCCUAGGCUUCAUCUGCGGUGCAAGCCCUGGGCUCGUGGUUUGCUGGCAUUUCCAUCAGAUUACGAAACAGGAUUACAGACUACAGUACACAGUUGUAAGGCUGCCGAGCUUGUGGGGUUUGACAGUAGAAGAGAGGUACACUCACCUCUACCACCACUGUCAACAUUUAGGAGGGUGUAUAAUGAAGAAACGUACUAAAGCCCCAACAACGUCCUCCACCUCAACUAAAGCUGUGAAGAAACAACCAGAGGACAAGCCCAAGAACACUCCUGUAUUUGAUGAUGAGGAGGAGAACUCCGGUUUCAGUAACUGGCUGAGGACUGGGCAAGGUGUGGAGUUCAUGAAGGUCUUUGUCAUCCUCAACUCUAUUGGAGUGUUUUUAACCCUGGGCUGGCCUUCUAUAUCAAAGUCAUACUACAUUGUUCGAUCUUUCUUUUAUGAUGAUGAAGAACUAACAUAUUGAAGUUUGAAUCUUAACGAUGGCUUUGAGUGGAGUGAUACAGGGAUUCCUGAUUUUAGUGGUUGUCCUCAUGUACAGUGCCAGUGUAUGGAAGUCUAUGGAUGCUUAUUUUAGAGAUGAAUUUAAGAAACAUCUCGCCCAAGAAAACGAAAGGAUUCGCAAAUUAAGGCAAGACAGAAAUUUGAUGAUAGAUGAAAAAUCAAAAUUUGAACACGAAAUCCAAGAUAAUCCUGUAGAUAUUACGAAGAUUGAAGAAACUUUAAUAGGUCAAGAGGACCAUGAAGGGUGUAAAAGAGAGGAAAUGCCAUCAAACAAGUAUAGGAACCAAGAAGAGGGUGAUGAAUGUUUGGAUAGUGGUGAUGUUUGCCCAUUUACCCCACCCACUGAUGUGUUUAAUGAGGGGGGUUAAAUGUGGAACAAAAUAAUGACAUUUCAGUGGAUUUCUAGAAUAUGAUCAUUAUUUUAUCCUUAUAUCAAUAAUGCUUACAUGGUAAUAAUAGUGUAAAUUGGUGAUUAUAUAUAAUUAUUGUAUAUCCUUCCUAAUUAUAUAUAAUAAUUAAUA